AUUAAAACCAUAGAUUAACUAAAAUGGCGGUACGGUUGUGAAUAGCGUCUAUUGAUUUUAAACAAAAUACUAUUAUUUACCGAUUUUGAAUGGUGUGAUAGAUAAAGAACUCAUAAUGGAGAACAGUGGCGGUAAUAUGUGUCGAUGUUGUGCCUCUGAAGGUGUGUAUAAGGACUUGAAUACCACUUACCAUUGGAUGGGCGAAGAAGAGGUAUACGGAGACAUGUUGAAAGAUUGUUUCAACGUACAGUUGAGUGUGCCGGAGAGCUCUGACGGUGGCAUAUGCGAGGUUUGCAUAACCCAGCUCCGUAACGCCAUCAAUUUCAAGAAGCAAGUGCUACUCACAGAGGAGCAGUUCAAGAAGCACGUGCAGAAAGUUUUCAAGACUAGCAUAGUUAAAGUGGAAGCUCUUGCUGACGAUGACAGUACAGAUGCCAACGUCACAGACGACGGACUGUCGGAACCAGAAUUCGACGAGGUUCCAAUUAAGACGGAGCACGUCGCCGAGACGGUGACAGUCGGGGAUGAGAUUAAGCCUAAGAAGCGCGCCGCCCCGAUCAAGGCGAGCACGUCACGUACGAAGAAGUCGAAAAGUUCAGACGCAGAGUCGCCCAAGAAACAGCCUCCGGACUUUCUAGUUGAAGACAUAUCGCUCAUCUAUAAGAAUGAAAAGUUAAGCAAUGCCGAGGAUAAUAAGACCGAGGAAUCGUCAACGGUCCAAAAUUCCCACUCGAAUAAGACGGCAAAGUUUUCAUCUGAAUCUGAGAAUUCGUCAGACUACUUUCUGCCCGUUAAGAGAGAAGGUGAAUCAGUCAAAGCACCGACACAGCGCGAUUUUAGUUCCGAAUUCAAUGUCUCUGCUGCCCAAGAAGGCCGAAGCAUUGAAGGAACGGGCGGAGCCGCUCCGAAAAAACGAAGAGAAGACGUUAGCGCCACCCCAGAACGCGUAGAGCACAGGGUCAACCUGACCGCCAUACUACAGUAUUCGAACGCUAGCCCAUUCCGAGACAAGACCAUGCGAGGGUUCUCCUGCCUUUACUGCGCCAAAGCGUUCCCGAACAUCGACGAACUAAGAGAGCACACCGCACAGCAGAAGGAGAAGAACAAAAUCAACAAAAUGAUCGACUACAAGCUCAGCUACAACCCGAUCAAAGUCGACAUCACGAAUCUGCGUUGCACCGUAUGCGAUUUGCCCCUGAAGGAUCUCAACGAACUGAAAGACCACAUCGUCACUGUACACAAUAAAGUCAUCCAUAAACACAUAAAGGACAUCAUCCUGCCGUUCCGUCUCGGAGACGGAAGCAAUUUCACUUGCGUUUUGUGUUCGGUCGUUCAUAUAUCAUUCAAGAAUCUCUAUCAUCAUAUGAGCAGUCAUUACAGGAAUUAUUGUUGCAAUAAAUGCGGCGUUGGGUGCAUCACAAUAGCAGCGUUGAGGAAGCACCAUAAAACCCACGCUCAAGGCGUAUUCACCUGCGACUACUGCGAGAAGACAUACGGGUCUCUAACGAAGAAGAGGAAUCACGAGAAGGGGGUCCACGAAGGGGGCUGGCUGAGGAACAAAUGUCCCCACUGUCCUGAGGUUUUCGUCAGCUACUACGACAGAUCCGAACACCUGGUCAAGGUCCACAACCAGACCCCCAUCCUGUACCCGUGCAACGCUUGUAACAAAAUAUACAAAAAGAAAUUCGAAUUGAAUCGACAUAUAAAGCAUCACCAUCUACAGCAGAAGAACUUCGUCUGCGACAAAUGCAACGCCAUGUUCUUCUCGAAACGCGGCUUGGUGGAUCACAUAGCCAGGCACGAGGGCGCGGAGAUGUUCUCGUGCGAUAUAUGCGGCAAGUCCUUCUCCCGACUUCGGACCCUCAAAGAGCAUCUGAGGAUGCACGAAAACGACACUAGAUACCAAUGCAAAGUCUGUAAGCGGACCUUCAUGCAGAAGGGCGGUCUGAAGAAUCACGUCCGUCUCCACCAGGACAACUUGGACAUCUUCAAGGAGUUCGACGAUGUGAAACAUCUGAUCGAUAAUCGAGAGUUGACUUUGAAACAGAUCGCAGCCGAGAAUAAGAAGAAAGAGUUAGCGCAGAAACAACAGGGGUUAUUCAUGUAUGGCUUAGAAUUGGGAAAGAGGAGGAGAGAUAAACGAAAGAACGAAUUAAAGGAGGAACGCGACGAUAAUGUACCGCUUCACAGAUUGAUAGCUCGCGAACGAAACCUGCCCGAGAUGCAGAAGCAGUGGCACAAUCUGACGUUACUCCUGAAACAUUCAAACGCGACCCCGUUUAAGGAUCGCAACGACGCCGGCUUCGUCUGCGCGUAUUGUUACCGCAUCUUCCAAGAUCCGGACACGCUAAGAGGACACACGCACGCCGACCACAAACACCAGAAGCCAGAUUACAAAGCGAGCGCCGGCCUGUCGACCUUCGUUGCUUUUUUAGACAUAACCGACCUUAAAUGCACGAUUUGCGAAAUGCCUUUCAUCACAAUAACCGCGCUAAUGGAGCAUCUAUUUUCGGAACACGACAAAAAGUUCUACUUGGGCCUAACGGACUACUUCCAACCGUUCAAGCUGACGCCGGAUCAGGACAUGAAGUGUUGCCUCUGCGACCAGAUCUUCCACAACAUGAAGCUGCUGAUGCAACACAUGAACUUGCACUACAGAAACUUUAUAUGUACCACUUGCGGGGCCGGUUUCGUGAACAGCUUCCGUCUGUUGAGACACGAGACGACGCACGUUAAGAAGAAGUCCAGCUACGCGUGCCGGUACUGCGGGCAGGUCUUCGCUUCUGAAUCUAAGAAGAAAGCUCACGUGAACACCGAACACAAGGGGAUCGCGGGCGAAAGCGUUUGCCGGAUCUGCACAGCGCGAUUCAAGAAUUACUACCAAAAGACCAGGCAUAUGGCUCAAGUCCACAACGUUGAAGGGAUAAAAUGCAGCAUGUGCGAUAAGAGAUUCAAUCUGAAGUCCACAUUGGUUUUGCACAUGAGAAGCGUGCACUUCAAAGAAAGGCCAUAUGAAUGUUCGGUUUGCAACAUGGGAUUCUUCAUCAAAAGGCACAUGUUAGGGCACUAUUUGGCCACGCAUACAAACGAGCGGAAAGUCAAGUGCGAGGUUUGCGGUAAAGCAUACGCCACUGAGAACAGCAAAGGGAAGCAUCUGAAGAAAAGCCACGGGACCCCUCGAAGACUUGAUCAAGACUACAUACAAAAGUACUUAAAUUUAAGUAAAGAUCUGACAAAAAUCAUGUUGCCACAAAAGAAAGCCGUUGCCGUGGUGAAGGUUGUUCAAAAAAAGGCCGAUCUCACAAAGGACAAGAGAGUACUAGCUGCCCAAGAACUAGGCAAGCAAAGGCACAACGUCAUACAAGUCUUGAAGUACACAAACGCGUCGCCAAUCCGAAGGUACAAUGACGCGGGCUACUUGUGCUGCUUCUGUACGCAACAGUACAAAGACCCUGCGGACUUAAAAGCUCAUACCGCCAAGGAGCACAACAAAACCAUAGAGCAAUUCAUGAAGGGAGUAGGACUCACAGCCUUCUCCGUUAAAUUGGAUAUAACCAAUUUAAAGUGCAAGAUCUGUGACGCGACUAUCGAAAAACUGGAAGGGAUUUACGAGCAUUUGACGAACGCGCACGAGAUACCGUUCCACGUGGGCUUAAAGAAUCACAUCUUGCCGUUCAAGUUCAACGAUGAGAACUUACGGUGCACGGCGUGCAAUACUAUUUUCGGUUCGUUCAAGUCAUUGCAAGAGCACAUGUAUAGGCACUUUGGCGAACACUCGUGCGACGUCUGCGGGAGUCAAUUCAUGAACGCCCAAAUGGUCAGGCACCACAAACCGAAGCACUUGAAAGGCAGCUUCGCUUGCAGUAAUUGCGCGAAGACAUUCGACACGGCCCGCAAGAGGAACAGCCACGAGAGAAGCGUCCACGUCGACGCAAUACGAAUGAACAAAUGCAGCUUGUGUAACGAGAAAUUCAAACAUUACCACACUAAAAUGCUGCACCUGAAGAACGUUCACGGGAGGGCGUCGCAGUUUCCGUGUCAGUCUUGCGAUCAGUCUUUCGCCACAUGGGCACGACUGUCGCAGCACAUCAGAAAAUUCCAUUUAAUGUUACAGACUUUUAAAUGUGCCUACUGCGAAAUGAGCUUCGGCAAUGUCGCCUUCCUCAGGAAUCACAUGGUCGCCAAGCAUAAUGGCGCGAAGAAGUUUCAGUGCGGGCUGUGUUCGAAGAUGUAUGUCAGCAAGAAAACGCUCAGGCAACACAUCAGGAUACACAUGAAUGAUCGUCGGUACAAAUGCGCGCACUGCGGCGAAGGAUUCGUCCAAAAGACCAGUUUGAGUGGCCACUUGAAAACGAAACACGGAAUACUGUCGUUAAAUGUAAUUGGUGGUCAAGGUAUAAACGAACCGAAAAUUAAUCGACCAGUCUCGGCGGAUGCGAAAAAUAAACCUAACUACAAAAGUAAUACAAGGAAUUGCGAAGAGAUGACGAAGCACAAACACAACAUAACGGAGAUAUUAAAAUGCUCGAACGCGACUCCUUUGGUGCGCCAUUUGGGAACGGGUUUCGUGUGUGGCUAUUGUUCAGUCCAGUUCCCAGAUCCGGGCAAUCUCAAACGGCAUUGUCUUGAGAAACACCCGAAUAGAACCGAAGCAAUCCUCUGUCCCGGCUACAGGAAUCUAAGCAAAGAGUAUUACGUCAAACUGGACAUAACAAACCUGAAAUGCUCGCUAUGCGAUAACAAAAUGGAUUCCCUGAAGCAACUAAUGUCGCAUUUGACGCAAACCCACAGCGUGGUUAUACACACGGACAUAAAGAACCGAAUCGUUCCGUUCAAGUUUGAAGACGACAAACUCUGUUGUUGCAUAUGUCGUAACGAGUACGCGAAGUUUAAGCUUCUGCAGGAGCACAUGCACAGCCACUACAGGAAUUACGUUUGCGACACGUGCGACGCGGGCUUCGUUAACGAAGGCUCCCUGUCCAGGCACGUGCAGACGCACCGAAUCGGCAUAUUUGCUUGCGAGCGAUGCGAAAAAGUAUACGACACAAUGGCCAAACUGAAGAAUCACCUUAGAUCGGUACACGUAAUGAAGUACCAAACUCACAGAUGCGGCUAUUGUUAUAAGGUGUUCAGUUCAUACGAAUCGAAGAUUGAACAUUUGUCCGCCGAGCACGGUGUAGUAUCGGCCAAAUACCCUUGUCAGGCCUGCGACAGGACUUUUGUUAACAGCAGACAGCUGAGGGUGCACAUUAAGAAAUUUCACAUGCUCGACAGGCCGCAUAAGUGUACGCAUUGCGAGAAAACCUUCUUCUCCAACUGGGCUAUGAAGAGUCACGCCCAAACGCAUAGUCCUAUUAAAAUUGAGUGUAACGUUUGUCAUAAAAUGUAUGCGAGCGCUAAAACCCUGAAAACCCAUAUGAGACUGCACAAGGACAGAUACAAGUGUGAUUUUUGUAGCAAAUCGUUCGCAAUGAAAGGCGCUUUGAAAAAACACCUCCAGAUCAUUCACGACAUCUAA